AUGAAAAAGAAAAAGAAGGUAAAUGAAAAGUUGAGGAAAAAGCACAGAAAAAAGGCAGAAGCAACAAAAGGAGAGAGAACUGAAUUUCCCCCGGAAACAAACCGGGCAAACAGAAGAGCGGGGAAAACCGGAAAGGGAAAGGAAGAGCCUCCGAAGAAGCAGGCUGAAAAAAUACAGAAGAAGCAGAAGAAAAUGGAGGCUCCAAAGAACCAGGCCGAGAAGAAUAAGAAGAAAGAGGAGCCUCAGAAGAAGCAAUCUAAGAAGAGAACGAAGAAAGGUGCGAAAGGGCUCCAAAAUCAGAAGGACACGCGGAAGACAGAAGCCAUAAUAAUGAGUGAGGCCGAGGUUGCCGAGCUCCUCAAGGAAGGAAAGGAGCUGGGCGCGGGGACCUACGGAACCGCUUACAAGGUCGUCCACAGGCGAGAGGUAGCCGUCCUAAAGGUGGCCAAUUCACGCCUGUGGAGUGUGAAAGCGGCUUUCAGAAAGGAAGCGAAGGUUCUUCAGGCCCUCAAUGGCACAGGAGGUGCUCCUCUGCUGUUUGGCACCUGUAGCAAACCAGCAGCUAUCCUCAUGGAGUAUUGCCCGGCCUGGGGAAGAGUUCCUCUCGUUUAUAAACGACUCGAAGAACUCUCCUUCCCUCGCUUUGGGAAUCCUUCCGGACAUUGCAAGGGAGCUGCACCAGAUCACUUGGCAGGUUACAUCCAUGUGGAUUUGAAGACGGAUAACGUCAUGGUCCACGUCCCAGAAGGCAAGGGCAAGAAAAAGGUGAAGCCCAGGAUAAUCGACUUCGGAAUAGCUGUGGAAAGGAAAAAGGAAAUCGAGCUAUAUCCGAAUUUUUCAGAUUCCAUCUACCCGCCUGAGUACACGGAAGGUGCGCCGGCGCAGCCCUCUGGGGACGUAUAUUCCAUGGGAUGUCUUAUUGAGGAUACGAUCUAUGCCUUCACCGAUCACAUCCCACAGCACUACGAAGAAAUUAUAAACAUGGCGAAGAACGAGAACCCAAGACUUCGCCCAACUGUCCCCAAGUUAGUGAAACUGUUGUACGAAGCAGCAAGAAAAGAUGGACCGACCUACAAUAGAAACCACAGGGGUAGCCAGGACAGUCUAAAAAAGUCCCUAGACACCUUCUAG